CGUCGUCACCGCAGUCGCUUACGAUUGUCGAUUGUCGCCAUUGUAGCGAGCCCGCGACGGACGCACGACGCACGACGAACGUGUUCGCGAUACGCGAUCGAAUCGAGGGAAUCAAUCGUUAACCCAUUUGAUAAAUAUGAAUCGGUCGUAGUUUGUUUUUACAUUGAGUAGUGUUUGUUGUGGUGUGACUAAGGCGAAAGCGGACGACGAGGCACUAACGCAGGAGGAAGGAGCCGCCAACGUGGAUCUGGAACUACACCAACGUGCCAGCGGUCACUUUAUGAGUGCCGCUGGUGCGAUGUGCGAGCGUGCGGGCUACGGCAGCACGAUGGGACACUUCCCAAUGAGCCAUAUGUCAAUGGGGGCUAUCGGCACGAUGGGAGCGAUCGCCAUGAACGGACAGGCCCAACAAAAGAAAAGCCAGGAGGAGCAUAUCAAGCGACCCAUGAACGCGUUCAUGGUGUGGUCGCGCCUACAGCGUAGGAAGAUAGCUCAGGACAACCCUAAGAUGCACAACUCAGAGAUCUCGAAGAGGCUAGGUGCAGAAUGGAAGCUUCUAUCAGAAGAUGAGAAGCGGCCCUUCAUAGACGAGGCGAAGAGGCUGCGGGCCAUGCACAUGAAGGAACACCCAGACUAUAAGUACAGGCCGCGGCGGAAGCCAAAGACCCUCAGGAAGGAGGGAUACCCCUACUCCAUACCCUACCCCAGCGUGCCUAUGGAUGCGCUCAGAGCUGGUAUGGCGGGCGGCGGCAUGGGCCAGAUGGGCGGCUACUACGGCGCGGCGUACGGCCCGCUCGGAGCCAGCAUGGCGGCUGCUGCUGCCGCUGCUCAGCAAAGCGCUAUCUCUGCUGCACUCACGCCAAAUGCACAGAUGGGGUCAACAAUGGAUAUGUCCAAAUAUUCAAUAGAGGACAAAUACCGUUACGGUAUGUACACUGAUCCUUCCCGAAGCUACUUGGAUUCCGCUGCUCUAUCAAAAGCUUACAUGUACAUGGACCAGCAGCAACAACGCUCAUAUCCAAUGGACAUCAGCAAGAUGUAUUCAGAAGCAUCCGCUGCAGCUAUGGCAGGGUUGAGCUCCGCCGUUAAUUCAUCAUCCAGUUUAUCGCCCAGAUCUCCCGCGGAGUCCCCUGAUAUGACUCCAAAGACAUUACAAGAGAGAGCCGAAGGCAGUUCCUCAUCCGGUUCGAAUCCUUCCCCUUCUCUGUCGUAUUAUCAAACAUCAUCCAGUCUUUUAUUGCCCCAGUACCCGGGGCAAUACGCGCAACCAACUCAAGCCGGGUCAGAAUUCCGGAGGCCGUUGACUGUUAUAUUUUGACCUGAAGUGUAAAUAAUUUUGGAAGUUUAACAAUUUAUUGAGAAACGUCUAUAUUAUUUAAUGGAUGAUUGGAAUCGAAGUUUUUGUUUCGAUUUUAUAGUUCUUGAUAAUGUGUUUAUCAGUACUGGAGUUUUAUUUGUAUUUAAUAUUAAAAUUUUGAAUUUCAAAGUUCCUCUUUCCCCUUUUUAAAUGUGUAAUUAUUUUUAUUGUUUUUAAUUUAACGUUAGACACGCUGUUAUUUGUACAUAUAUGUAAUAAAACAGCGUUAACUUAAUCAAAAGCUUAUUUAAACCAGGUCAAUACUAGGCCCAAUAUAACAAUUUAAUUUCCUAUUUGUUUUUUGGAAAACCUGACUAACCGUGGGUU